GCCAUUUCUCUUCAGAGAACACACCACACUCUCAGCAAUUGCCAUCUUUCGGGUGUCUGUCUUGCUCAGCUGAUCCCUGUCCCUUUCAGACUUGCCUAUUGCCCACAGGAUUUGGCCUCUGCAGCUGUAGUUGUACAGUGAGACCCUCCCCCCCACCCUCUGGCCAUGGAAGAGUGGGUCAGGGAGAGACACCUGACACCAGAUGAAUCCAUCGGUCUGUCCCCUGGCACUGUGAAAGAAUGCAAAGCAGCCUCUGUGGGGCAGAGACAUGUGAUCUGGUUGCUGGAGUUGGGAGGAGGGGGGUGGGCAGCUAUGCGACACUUGAGCCUGAAGCCAGAGAGAGAGAUGGAGAAAGCCAAUCUGCAAAGAGAGAAAGGAGUCAGGCACACAUGUAGAAAGAAGCAGAGAUGGAAGUGAAGAAGAGAGAAAAAAGCAGCAACAGAGCCUCCUGCUCCCGAGACCCAGCUGCCCUCCUGUCUUCAGCUCUGUAAGGCAUGUGAUGUCUUUAUUCUCUGUGUUGAUUUAAGCACGUUUAAUGUUUCUGUUAGUUGCAGCCAAAACAAUAUUGGUGAAAACACACUGAAAGCAGGUUCUUUCUGUAGAUCAUUAUCAUUAAUUCUUAAGCUUGCCUGAUAUUCUGAGAAUGCCACACUGUAGACCUCAUAAUGAUAACAGGAACAGGAGCCUCUCCCUCUCCACUUCUGUCAAGGAAACAUCUGUCCUUCCCCAAGAGAAAGUGUUACCAGAGCUAUCAAAAUGGCCAUAAUUACAACCACCAGGUUAAGCAGGCAUUCCAUCCCUAGGAGAACAGGGCUUGCCUACCAAAUUCAAGUCAGACCUGUACACAGUAGGCACAUAAUAUUUGAAUGACUUAAGAGAGUUUUCAGCAGAGGAAUACCAUAUCAGGCUUAUAUUUUAAAAUGAUAACUCUCACUGGGUUAAGAAUAGACUGAGGAUGGACAAGGGCAGAAGCAGGGAGACCAUUUAGAAGCUAUGGCAGUAACCCAGGACCAUAACGUACAGCCAUGCAGGUUGUGCACUGCAGAACUCCAGCAAAAUGUGAAGAGGUACUCCCUGGACAUAUAUAAAAGGGCUGCCAGCCCCGGUGGAAACCAUGGAGCUAAUUAGAUGUGGUCAGAGUCUGGCUGUGUUUUGAAGGUAAAGCCCACUGUGAUUUACUGACCAAUUAAAUGUAGGCUAUGAAGGAAGGAAGAAUCAACGAUAUUUCCAAGAUUUUUCGUGCCAUGUAAAAAAAUGACAUUAGUACAACUGACGGUUUAAGGAGCCAUCCUAUUCAUAAGCGCUUACCACAUUUCAAAUCAGAGCGUACAAGCCCAGCAUCCUGGUCCUCAGCGGGCCCCUCCAAGUCAUAUCUCCAACUAUACUUCUCUCAUCUACUCAUUAUACCAUUUGCCACCAUCUCUCAAUACGCCCUGUACUUUCCAAUUUUUGUGCCUUGCUCAUCCUAUACCAAAUCUGAGGUCUCCCUCAUCCACUAAGCCCUAACUGAUUCAAAUAACCUCCUUCAAGAAACCUUUCCUGAUCCCCUAAAUCAAAAAACAAUCUCUUGUUGCGGGACUUCCCUAGCAGGUCAGUGGUUAAGACGCCGCGCUCCAUAUUUGCAUUUUCACUGCUUCCUUAUGUGCCUCUGAAAUAGCACUUAACCUAGGCCGGGUAGUAUUAGAGGUAUUUCUGCUUAUAACCAUUCACAGCACCCCGCUCCGCCAUCUGACCACCAGUCUCAACCUGGAUUGUUUCAUUGACCUCCGGCUCAUCCAAAAUGACUACUCUGGUGUCUGACAGGAAGCAGCCACUCUGUAAAUGUGUAUUGAGAGACUAUGCGAGCUACACUCAUUUCAAAGUUCAGCUUCCUCGCCCGCCACGGGUAUAUGCCCUGGGCACGGCCGGGCUGCAACGCUCUGGUAGAAAGUGCUAGGAUAUUUGAUGCGUCAUAAAGGAUCCUGGCAGCCGGAAGCCCACCGUACCGAAACGUGUGCCUCUGUAACCCCUGGCAGGGUUAGACGGGAACUUUGUAUCAGAUGACUCUGGGCAGAUUUUGGCAGACUGGUUGGAAAACACCACGCAGAGCUCAAAUGAGCUCAACGUCCCGCGCGGCUCCAAACCCUCCCCCAGCAGGGCGCAGACCGCCCGGGUCUCUGUCUCUGACAGGGACGCCCUGUCAGAGACGGGGGACGCCAGAGACUCGCCGGCGCCAACUCGCCCAGCGCGCCGGCAGCCCCGCGUCCGGGUCAAUCGCAGGGCCGCAGCCCCUUCCGGCAGACCAGAGGCUGGGAGCCGAGGGGGCUCGGCCCGAGCCACGCUCCCAUUGGCUGAGACCGCACCGCCCCGACCAAGUUGAGCUGUUCCCGCACCUGUGAGCCGCAGAGGCUCCGGGCCUUCCCCGGCCGCGGGCCCACCACCAACCCAGCAUCUCCGGCCUGCUCCCGCGGCGCCCCCAACUUGCUCGGUCCUCCUCCUCCCCCGGUCCUGCGGCCUCUGCGGUCCACCAGUAACAGCCGGCUCAGCUCCUGCUCAAGGAAACUGGACCGGCGGCCUGACUGCUGUCCAGCAUCCUUCCCGAGGGCGCAGCUUAAGGGGAGGAAGCACUCCCCCUCCCCCCCAACCAAGUCCCCGAGAACAGAGCCUCGUGGAGGACGCGGCAGGAGGACGAGGGAUGAGGGAACAACCAGAGAGAUGAGAGCGAAGCUUUUAGGCCAGCCUUCCUGAACUGGAGGGGGUGUGGCAUGCAUUAAAAUUAAACAUCAAUGACCUGAGAAGCUUAUAAAAUAGCUUGGGAGAAGCCAGUCACCAAGAGAAGGCAUCUCGAAUUGGAUGAUUUUGCAUGUGGAAACUGCUUUCAUCUUGAUAAAAAAGGUCCACCUCCAGCCACCCAGCUCCAAGAUGGUCCCAGCUCUGCUGCUGCUGCUUCCUGCCCUGGCUGGACUCUUAGGAGCAGCUGAGGGACAAGCUUUCCAUCUCGGGAAAUGCCCAAAUCCUCCAGUGCAGGAGAACUUUGACGUGAAUAAGUAUCUUGGAAGAUGGUAUGAAAUUGAGAAGAUCCCAGUGAGCUUUGAGAAGGGAAGUUGCAUCCAAGCCAACUACUCGCUAAUGGAAAACGGAAACAUCAAAGUGAUAAACAAGGAGCUGAGAGCUGAUGGAACUGUGAAUCAAAUUGAAGGCGAAGCCACCCAGGAGAACAUCACGGAGCCCGCCAAGUUGGCAGUUAAGUUUUUCUGGUUCAUGCCAUCAGCUCCAUACUGGGUCCUGGCCACCGACUAUGAGAACUACGCCCUCGUGUACUCCUGUACCACAAUCAUCUGGCUUUUUCACAUGGAUCAUGUUUGGAUCUUGGGAAGAAACCCUUAUCUCCCUCCAGAAACAGUGACCUAUCUCAAAGAUAUCCUGACCUCUAAUGACAUUGACAUUGAGAAAAUAGCUGUCACAGAUCAGGUGAACUGCCCCGAGUUCCUAUAACCAGGCUCUAAAGGGAGGCUGCACUCACUCCAUGUUCCUUCCUUUGCUUUGCUUUUCCCCUACACCACCCCUCAUAAAGACAAACCAAACCACCAUAGCAAACUAUUACAAAUACCAGAAGGGAAAUGUGACAGCAGAAGCUAGUGGAGAGGAACUCAAGGCAAGUUGGCCCAAACACUUAGCCAUGCACCAUCCUGUUACCUUGCAAGCCUGAUAAUAAACUUGCUGCUGACCUGCUGUGCUCACAGUAGACUACAAAUUGGACUAAUUAUUGGGAGUUUUUAAUUCUAAGCUUAUGUUUGGAAAUCCUUAAGCAGUUAUGUUGAAAAAAUAAAAAGAAGCACUGAACAAUUUAAA